CCCCCAGCCCCUCCCCCCCUGGGCUGGGGACCGCCCCGAAUCCCCCAGAUCCUGGUAUCCUCCCUUUUUAGCCCCCGGGUCAGGGUUUUGGAAGGGUCUAUCCCUCUGUAAUCCAUCCUUCCUCCACUUACUUCCCAUCCCCCCGUCCUCAGCAGUGCCCUUAUUAAGCCCCUAAAUCCAGAACCUAAACCUGCCCGGAAUAGCCCUGCGGGAACCGGGUCCCGGGCCAGGCGAUGUGUUGGGUGGAGGAGGGGAAGGGGAGAGGGAUGGUUCAGGAACACCCCCUCUUGCCAGAACGCACGGAAUUGGGGGGAACGUAACCUCCGCCCAAGCCCCACGCCCGAGGGAUUCCCAGUGAGCGCCCCUCAGUCCAAUUCCUGUCCUUUAAUCCAAGGGACUUCCCCCAGGUCCUCCAUUGUCUGAGAUGUUCUGUGUUUUAAGGAUCCUUCCGAGGGGAUGCUUUGAGUUCUAGGAUUCAGCUGCUCGGCUGCGCCGGUCUUAUCCAAAACACCCAUGGCCUACAAGAACGUGUUGAUCACUGGUUGUUCUUCGGGCAUUGGCCUGGCCCUGGCUGUGCGGCUGGCCAAGGAUGAGCUGAAGAGGUUCAAAGUGAUCGCUACCAUGCGGGACAUGGCAAAGAAGGGGCCUCUGGAGGAGAAAGCUGGGGAGACACUGGAGAAGACACUUCAGAUCCUGCCCUUGGAUGUCACCUGUGAAGACUCCGUUCGUCAAUGUGUGGCCACUAUACCAGACCAAAGGGUGGAUGUUCUGGUGAGCAAUGCUGGGGUGGGUCUGAUCGGCCCCCUGGAGUGUCACAGCAUGGCAGCCAUGCAGCGGGUGCUAGACGUCAACUUUCUGGGCCUGGUGCGGCUGGUCCGGGAAGUGUUCCCCAGCAUGAAGCGGCGCCGCCAGGGGCACAUUGUGGUCAUGAGCAGCAUCCUGGGCCAGCAGGGGCUCCUUUUCAAUGAUGUGUACUGUGCUUCCAAGUUUGCGGUGGAGGGGUUCUGUGAAAGCCUUGCCCUGCAGGCCCUCAAGUUUGGGGUGAACAUCAGCCUCCUGGAACCGGGUCCUGUGGUGACAGAGUUUGAGAAGAAACUGUACGAUGAGGUGGCCUCCAUGGACUUCUCCAAGGUGGACCCCGAGACUCGGGACAUCUUCCAGGGCUUCUACAUGGCCUACUCAAAAGAUGUCUUCUCUGCCUUGGGCCAGACCCCCGAGGAGGUGGCAGAGCAUGCAGUGCAGGUGAUUGGGGCGGCCAGGCCUCCAUUCCGCUGCCAGACCAAUAGCGUGUACACGCCACUGACCACUCUGAAGCAUGCUGACCCCUCGGGCCGGCUGCCCCUCAGUGCUUUCCAUCAGCUGGUCUUCCAGCAUGACCGGCUCUUCCGGGCCAGCCUCAGCCUCCUGAAGAUGCUGCAGUGGAGGAAGCGGCGUGACCUGGGCCCUCUGCCCCGGCCCCCAGCCCCGCCCUGACUCCCAGCCCCUAGCUGUGGCCACCCCCGCCCCCCUUCUUCCAACAGCCCCAAGGACCCCAGGCUAGCAUCGAUGACGGUGGGAGUAGAAAGAAGUCUCAGGCCCUAAGCCUGCUGUUCUUUCUCUCCUCUUCCUAGGCGGCUGGAUGCCCCGGGGUGUUGGAAAUUCUAAGUGUGCAGGGCAGGUUGGCUGGUCCUACCCCCAGUUCCUACUGCAGAUGAUGGCAUAUUUUCUUAGUAUCUCUGUCUCUUGCCCUCCUCCCGCCCAAGUUCCUCCCAAAGGGCUGGAAGCCCAUCUUCAGGCCUGGUCCAAAGACCCCAAACAUUGGGCAGUGACCGGCAUGGAGGCAGGGGCUUGCCCCGUAGCCAGCACAAGCACAAGCCUAGGUGGAUCUAGGUCCUGAGGGAGGGGAACCUUCCCCUUCUAAUAAACGUGCAUGUCUGAAA